AUGAACAACUUUUAUACCGCUCCGCUGUCGCCGGAGGAGGCGCAACGGCGCCUCGCGAUGCAGCAGCAGAAUGGGCACGGGCAUAACCAUCCGCACCCACACCCACACCAGCACCCGCACCCGCAGCAUCCGAGCCACUCCGUCGGCAUGGUCGACGCUGGAAAUGUCGCAGGAUUAGGCCAAACAGGGCCCAUUUCGCCCGUCGAGGGCAUGCAGAUGGCCGCCGGCGACUCGCUUGACGACAUCGUUAACCAGAACAACCGCGAGUUCCAGCGCCGCCGCAGUGUCGGCCAGCUGUUUACUACCCCGCUGUCGCCGCAGGACGUCGACCAGCGCAUGACCAUGAUGGAUUAUAACAACCCCGCCGACGCCAUGCAGGGCUUCUCGUUUGGCUUCACCGGCGGCUCGACUUUGCCUUCCAACUCGGAGGCCUACUCCCAGGACCUUAUGGGCAUGCCUGCUGGGCAACCUAACUUUGAGACACUGUCUCCUACCAGCUUGGGCAUGAAUGCCUUUUCGAACCUCGACAUGGGCUCGAUGACCACCGAUCCCAGCUCGAUGAACCUCUUUAACGCACCUAACCUAACCAAUCAGUAUUCCGCCACCAACCUCGACACCGUCCGGCCGGAUUUCACCAUGGACAUGGGGGUUGAGAACACUCCGGUGGACGCGUCUGGCGUCAGCUCGCUUGCCGGGUUUGCUGUCGGUCCCAGCAGUGGCAUGAUGGGAGGCCCGGCCGGCUUCGACACCUCGAGCGUUUCCCAGGGUGGGUCCAAUAUGAUGCCGGCACAGUUUCGGACAGCCAUGUCGCCCACCGAGCCGCGCGAAUCGCCGACUUCUGCGACAUUCCGCUCUCCAGCAUCGCCUACUUCGCGGACCGUGUCGAUGUCAAGCGGGGGCCGAUCGGGCGCACACGGCGCCGCGACACCGGCGUCAACAGCACCUACCGCUUUGUCCGGCCCACUCCUCCCUCCAGGCAUCAGUUCCCGUAACCCGAAAAGAGACGUUUAUUCCAAGAGUGGCUUUGACAUGCUCAGAGCAUUAUUCUACGUUGCGACACGAAAGAACCCGACGGUCGAGAUUGGCGCUGUCGACCUGUCGUGCGCGUUUGUCGUGACUGAUGUCACUCUCAACGACUGUCCCAUCAUCUACGUAUCAGACAACUUCCAAAACUUAACUGGGUACAAUAGGCAUGAAAUUGUGGGCAACAACUGCCGAUUCUUGCAGAGCCCCGACGGCAAGGUCGAAGCUGGGUCUAGGCGUGAGUUUGUCGCAAAUGAUGCCGUCUUCAAGCUCAAGAACGCCGUCGCCGAGGGCAAGGAGAUUCAGCAGAGCCUCAUCAAUUACCGCAAAGGCGGCAAGCCGUUCCUGAACCUACUCACCAUGAUUCCGAUUCCCUGGGACAGUGACGAAAUCAAGUAUUGCAUCGGCUUCCAGAUCGACUUAGUCGAGUGCCCCGAGGCCAUCUCCGGUCAGGAAUCCGGCAAUAUGCAAGUCAACUAUCGCCACAGUGACAUCGGCCAAUAUUUCUGGGCCCUGCCAAGCACUGCGCAAUGGGAACCCGAGAGUGGCCAGACCCUCAGUGUCGACGAUGUCUCAUCCCUCAUCCAACAGCACAACCCCAAGGCGCCCCCGAGCGAGUGGCACAAACAAUCUUGGGAUAAGAUGCUACUCGAGAACGCUGACGACGUGGUUCAUGUGCUCUCCCUCAAGGGUCUCUUCCUUUAUCUCUCACCCGCCUGCAAAAAGACACUCGAAUAUGACGCCUCCGACUUGGUGGGAACCUCUCUAUCCUCCAUCUGCCACCCCUCCGACAUCGUGCCCGUGACGCGAGAGCUCAAGGACGCGCAACAAAACCAGUCAGUCAACAUCGCCUUCCGAAUCCGCCGGAAGCACUCCGGCUACACCUGGUUUGAGAGCCACGGCACCCUCUUCCACGAGCAACAAGCCAAGGGUCGCAAGUACAUCAUUCUAGUUGGCCGCAAACGGCCCGUCUUUUCUCUCCGCCGCCGCGAUGUGCUUCUUCACGCCGCCUCAGUGAAUGGUACACCCGGCGUACAUGCCGGUAUCGGUGGUGAGAGUGAAAUCUGGAGCAAGGUUUCCACGUCAGGGAUGUUCCUGUACGUUUCGUCAAGCGCAAAACCACUGCUUGACCUAUCCCCGCGGGAUUUGGAAGGGACCAGCAUGCAGGAUUUGAUGCGCAAGGAGUCGAGAGCCGAGUUUGGACGUGUCAUCGAGAAGGCAAGGAAAGGUUCCAUUACCGGGUUGCGACACGAGGUCUUGCACAAAAGGGGACAACUCGUGCAGGCUUUGACGACAUUUUUCCCGGGAGACGGCACCGAGGUUGGCAUGGGGAGCCCCGGGCCGAGUUUCCUGAUCGCGCAGACGAAACUAAUAAAGGGCGGUCGAGUUAUUGCCGCGGGCAAAUCAGGAGCAACUACGAGUGGAAAUUCCACAGCGGCGUUGGCUGCAGGCCCGAGCGGUGACGACACCACGGCGGGUUCAUUGAUGAAACUCCCGUCACUAGCGCAGAUUCCUGCAACAGUACAGGCUUCACUAACGGUCACAUACCCGGACUUGUCGAUGGACUCGGAUUCUUCGGAUGAGGGAGGAGAUAUCUUCGCCGAGCUCAAGACAACGAGGUGUACGUCGUGGCAAUACGAGCUUAGGCAGAUGGAGAAGGUCAACCGCCUACUGGCCGAGGAGCUCACACAACUUAUGGCCAACAAGAAAAAGAGGAAGCGGAGAAAGGGCGGUGGCGCUGGGUUCGGCGGAAAUGGAUCCGGGAGCCCAGUUGUCAGGGACUGCGCCAAUUGCCACAAGCGCGACACACCUGAAUGGAGGAGAGGGCCAAGCGGGAACAGAGAUUUAUGUAAUUCUUGCGGUUUACGAUGGGCAAAGCAGACGGGCAAAGUCUCUCCGAGAAACACGUCCCGCGCCAGCAGCGACGCCAGUGCCGCCAGCAAGAGGCCGAGCCUCAGCAGGACGAGCACCAACUCGCCCGCGUCGGCUUCCCCGCUGAGGAGAGAGGUGUCGACCGAUAGUGCGGAGAGCGCCGGUGAACGAAGUACCAGCACCAGCAGCGGGAGGGAAAUGAGGGCGAUCCGAGAGGAGUGA